UGAAUUUUUAUUCUCAAUGUAAAACUAAUUUUAAUGUAAUUGUAAUUUUUUAUAUCUGGCAACACUGAACUAUAGCCACGAGAAUAAACGUCAGUAGGUUUAGAAAGACCAUUGCGUGCACAUCUCAUCGGCAACCGAAUUGCGUGAGUAUACCAUCGACUUGUUAUCACCAACUUCAAGUUUAACAUCUGGCGACGAGGAAAAAGAAGAAUACAACGAUGACUGAAGAGUUUUUCAAAAAAUUGAUGGAGGAGCAACGUAACUUCACUCUCAGUGUGCUAAAGGAACAGAAGGCUUGGAUGGACAGCCUUUCGAGAAGGCCUCCAGGUCAAGAUGCUACUCUGGUUCCAGCUUUUGUGCAGUUCAACAUUCAACAGCAGAAAUGGGAGUCCUACCUGGAACAACUCAAGCAACAUUUCUCUGCUUAUGCUGUAAUUGACGCCAACAAACAGAAAUCAUUUUUCUUAUCUUGGUUGGGCAAUGACGCUUAUGAAACACUAAAAAAACUUGUCGGCGUUGACGAGUUACAAAAACAAACGUUUCUUGAACUUUCUGGAAAACUAACGGAAUUCUAUAAAGAAAAGGUUCAUGUAGUUGCAGCUCGUUAUGAAUUCCAUAAGGCAGAAAUGGGCAGCCGUACCUACAAAGAAUGGGUAGCCGAUCUGCGAAGCUUAGCCCGGCAGUGUGAUUUUGUGUGCAAAAAAGAAAAUUGUAUGCAUGAUUACUCGGACGAUAUGAUCAGAGACAAAAUAAUUUUGAAUUCGCCCCACGAUGCAGUUCGUACGGCAGCCUUACAAAAACCGCAGCCAACGCUGGCCGAAGUGCAGCUCAUCGCCGAUUCACUUGAAUCAACAACAAAGACGGUAAGCGCAAUCAAAGACAAAACGAACACUACAAAUGCAGUAGAUAGCAAUGGAAUUUACUUGAUGUCAGCGAGGAACACCGAAAAAACUAACAUGCGUAACAAAAACAAAAAGAACAAAAAACCAAAAUACCGUUCAUGCACAGGCUGUGGAGUUUCACAUAAUAGAGAUGAUUGCAAAUUUAGAAGCGCUGUUUGCCGAAAUUGCGGCAAAACAGGCCAUAUUGCAGUCGUAUGUUUAUCAAGUGAAAAGAAAUACGAACAAAAGCAGAAUAAAGCCAGCAAAGUCAACAAAGGUGACAAAAUAGAAUACAUUUCAACGGCAUUUUCGGUAGCUAGCACAGUUAGCGGAAAAAAUAAAAAACGUUUUGUGGAAGUUUUUGUUAAUGGCAUAAAGACAGAAUUUCAGAUGGAUUCUGGUGCUGAAGUCUCCGUAAUAACAUUGGACACCUACGAAAUGUUAAAUAAACCAUUACUGAAGCCAUGUUCGCGUGAACUAUACGGCUACGGUCAUACUCAAAUAGAAACUUUGGGUGAAUUCUCUGCGAAAAUUCAAUGCGGUUCAGUCGAGAAAAUAUUGCCACUAGUAGUUUCGAAUGUGCGGGGUUCUAGCAAUUUGUUCGGAGUGGACUUAUUUGAAGAAUUGGGAUUCAAAAUUGUGCAAAUUGAUACAUUGACCGUCGAGUCAUCCGAAAAAUUGCAAACGCUGUUGACUACUUUCGCAGAUGUGUUCACUCCAGCACUUGGUACAAUUAAGUCAGUCAAAGCCUCGAUUAAACUUAAAGAAAACGCAGUACCUAAGUUCAGCAAGAGCAGACCAAUUCCUUUUGCCCAGCUACCAAAAUUUAAAGAAGAAGCGCAACGAUUAUCACAAGCAGGUAUUUGGCAGCAAAUUACAUUCAGCGACUGGGCAUCCCCCAUCGUGCUAGCAACAAAACCGGAUGGAUCAAUACGCAUCUGUGGAGAUUUUAAGAGAGGCGUUAACCAGCAAAUUGAUGUAGAUCAAUAUCCUCUACCUACUAGGGAGUGCCUCCUACACACAGUUCGACACGACAAAUAUUUUUCGAAGAUAGACUUGCGCGACGCAUAUCUUCAAAUGGAGCUCGACGAGGAGUCCAAAAAAGUGCUAGUGGUCAACACGCCACUGGGCUUGUUUCAGUACCAGCGACUGCCAUAUGGGGUAGCGAGCGCACCAGCCAUGUUCCAGAUACAUCUCGAGCAGCUAUUAUGUGGAGUUGAAGGAUGCGCAAAUUACAUCGACGACAUCAUUGUGGCAGGCGCGGACGAAAAGGAACACAUCGAACGCUUAGCCAAAGUUUUAAAUAUACUACAAGCAGCAGGUAUCAAAUGCAAGAGGGAGAAAUAUGAGUCUGGAAUCCGAGCUGUGAAGAACUUACGGCGUCCGACAAACUUAAAAGAGCUUGAGGCAUUUAUGGGAAAAAUAAAUUACUACCACAAUUUUAUUCCAAAUUAUUCCCAAAUUGCAGCGCCAAUGAACAAACUAAGGCGGAAAAAUGUGACUUUCCAGUGGAAGUCAGAGCAAGAGAACGCGUUCAACGAACUUAAAGGGCAUAUCAUAAAAGCAACCAUGCUGGCUCAUUUUCAAGAAGAACUACCAAUCGUGUUGGCUACUGACGCCUCAUCGUAUGGGGUUGGAGCAGUGAUCUCCCAUGUUUAUCCGGAUGGGACCGAGCAACCGAUUGCUUUUGCCUCCAAGACCCUCAAUCGUCAUCAAGAAAACUACAGCCAAAUAGAAAAGGAGGGUUUGGCAAUAAUAUUCGGUGUGCAAAAAUUUCACCAGUUUUUAUACGGGCACAAGUUUACGCUUAUAACGGACCACAAACCGCUGGUCAGCAUAUUUAGGCCCGAUAAAAGUCUUCCAACCAUGACGGCUCAACGUAUUCAGAGGUGGGCUAUUACGCUCAUGGCCUACCAGUUUCAAAUAAAAUAUCGCAACACCGCAGAGCAUGCAAAUGCCGAUGCCUUAUCGAGGUUACCAUCGGGUCCAGACGAAGAUUUCGACAACAACAGCGAAAUUAAUCAGGUGCUUGUUAUCGAAACGCCUGUUAACGCGGAGGUCAUAAAAACAAGCACCGGCAAUGACACAAUGCUGCAGAGAGUCAAAGGAUACAUUCAGAAAGGAUGGCCCGAAAGAUUGCCUCCAAAAGACGAGGAUCUUCGGCCAUAUUUCAAUCGUAAGUUGUCGUUGAUUGUUCAAAAUGAUUUAGUCUUGUUACAGAAUGAAGUCACACGGGUUGUCAUUCCGCACUCAUUGCGCGAACAAAUUUUGCGUUUUCUUCAUGACGGGCAUUGGGGCGUGGUCAAGAUGAAACAACUAGCACGACAACACUGUUGGUGGCACAGCAUCGAUAAGGAUAUCGAGAAACUAGCAGCUGGGUGCGAAAGUUGCAAAGUAGCAGCUCCAAGUGAUCGGCGGCAAUACUCAAGCUGGCCCGAACCGCAGGCACCUUGGCAGAGAGUGCACAUUGACUUUGCGGGUCCGAUUUUCGAUUCCAUGUGGCUGUUGUGCGUCGACUCCUACUCACAAUUUCCGUUUGUUUGCAAGUUAGCGAACACCACCGCUGAGACUACGAUUUUCGCAUUAACAACCAUUUUCGCUGCUGAGGGCUUGCCAGAGACUAUCGUGAGCGACAAUGGUCCACAGUUUACAGCCGACGCGUUCAAAACAUUCUGUGCUCAAAACGCCAUUAAGCACGUCACAAUUGCGCCGUUUCAUCCACCCUCUAAUGGGCUGGCUGAAAGAUUUGUACGUACUUUUAAAACUGCUGUGAAAAAGAAUUUAGAUGAUGGCUUGCAAGUAGGCUAA